AUGGAUAUCGCCGCCAUUGAAGAUGGUUUUCCGGCCGACCGGCUGUUUGGACGCGGCUACUCCUACACCUACGACGACGUCAUCUUCCUCCCUCACUACAUCGACUUUCCGGCGGACGCCGUCGACCUCUCGACCCAGCUUUCCCGGAACAUCCGCCUCUCCGUCCCGUGCGUUGCCUCCCCCAUGGACACCGUCACCGAGGCAUCCAUGGCCGUCUCCAUGGCCGCGCUUGGCGGCGUCGGGAUUGUCCACUACAACAACACCUCCGCUGAGCAGGCCACCAUUAUCCGCUCUGUGAAAUCCCGCCGCAUCCCCUUCGUCACCGAUCCCGUCAUCAUGGGGCCGUCUGAUCGGAUACUAACGGCGGAUGAGUUCGGCUCCGCGCCUUGCGUGCUCGUCACCGAGUCGGGAUCGGCGAAGUCGAAGCCAGUUGGUGUUGUGUGGAGUGCCGACUGGUGGAACAGGACAGACAGGGACGCCCCACUGUCCUCGUACAUGGUGGGGCUCGCGGCCUCCGCCCCGUCGAGCUAUGAUUUAGAGCAGGUUGCAGCUUCUCUGGGGCUAAAUGGUGGCAAAUGCGUGCCGACGGUGUCUGAGGAGUUGGGGGAGGUCGUAGACUUGGUAACGGAGGCGGAUGUUGAGAGGAUCAGGGCUUUGCCUAAGCUUGGCGUGCCGUCGUUCGGAUCUGAUGGGAGAUUUCUGGUCGGCGCGGCGAUGGGAACGAGGGAACAAGAUAAGGAGAGGCUAGAGCAUCUUGUGAGAGCGGGGGCAAACGUGGUGAUCCUGGACAGCUCACAGGGAAACUCAAUUUAUCAGAUCGAGAUGAUUAAGUAUGUGAAAAGCACUUACCCGGACUUGGACGUGAUAGGGGGCAACGUGGUCACUGCGUAUCAGGCACAGAAUCUGAUCCAGGCUGGGGCAGAUGGGCUGAGGGUGGGAAUGGGCUCAGGUUCAAUAUGCACAACGCAGGAGGUUUGUGCAGUUGGGAGAGGGCAGGUACCUUCAAAGUUUUCUUCAUUUAUCUCAGUUUCCUUCAAAUUGAGUUGUGUUUUGCUAAUCGAUAAUCUUCAUUUCUAUGUUAUUAUUUUGGAUCCUUAACCAGCUGAGAUUUUUUUCGUGAGCAUCUCUCCAUUUGUUGCUGGGGAAUUGUUUACGAUAACAUGUGAAACGACUGCCGUGGUCCACGUUGAUUUGUAAAACUAAGAAACUAUAUGGGAUAGAAAAUAACAUGGGAAUCUGCUUGCAGAAUAAUAAACUGAUGGCUGACGUAUUAAUGCUAGAAUACACAUGUUUUCGUGUCAUAAUAAUUGAAGCCAUUUGCUGUUAUUCGUGGGUCCCCUAACCGUGCAUAGUACUUGGAUAGAUUUGGAAUCCAUUUUGAGGCUCUGCUUGCAUAGUUGUACAUGUUUCUAUUCCUCCUCCAGUUCGUACUUUCAGAGCAUUUUUAUUUGUUUAUUUAGAAUCCUGUGAAACAUGGAAUAAGCUGUUGACCAGGUCUGCCUAUGAUAAAACGAUGUGGAUGACAGGGCCUAGGACUUCAAAGAUAUGCACAUUCAAUCAGAGAAAAAACGAAUGAGAUGCAUAGCAAAAGGUGUUAUUAGUCGAAGAAGAAGCUUUAUUAGUCUGGGGUUUAGGACAACAGGUUUCUUCGAUCAAUUAUACGAAUACUAGUAAUGCGGUUUUGAUCCUUGUAAAAUGGGAUUAAUAUUUAUUGAUCUUUUUGUGACCAGUAAGGAAUGGGCCCCCUUCCCCCAUUCCGCAACCAAAUAAAUUCAUUAUGGAUUUCCAGAAAAAAGGGAUUUUAUCUGAUAAGAGAAAAGACCGUCUGUUGAUGCACUUAAGAUAGAAGGCUGGCAAGUGUACCUGCACCUACUCUUCUUCUUUUCUGCCUGCCUCAGAAGAAGCCGCAUUUUCCAAUUCAAUUUUUACUUUUUACGGAUAGAAAUCAAUGUAAUUGUCCGUUACAGUGACAAGUUAUUUUUAUUCCACAUUGAGAUGGGGGGAUCCGGCAUUAUUCAUCGGUUCAAAUCCGAUAAAGGGCUUUUUCACCCAAACUUUAAUCUUCAUUUUUCAGCUGAGAGGUGAAUAGAGAGAUCUUGUUGAUUUUUGUCACCAUAUCUUGUGUUUAAUUUCUUCUGGGACAAUAACAAGAAAUUUUUGGAUUAUAGAUCUGCUACUAGAAAUUCAAUACGUAAUUUCAACAUUCAAACCAAGAAGGUAUUAUUUCUUGCGUUUUGAAUGAUAAAUCCGCUCAUCAGUUUAGGACACAAAUUUUCUGUAUCCGAUUUCAUUAUUUCUUUUUCCUUUCACAAUCAUUCGGUUGUACAGUGUUUUUUUAUUUUUCUUUUGGUUUUCUCAAUGUUCAGGGGUUCAGUGUUCUCAUUCUAUGCUCAGUAUACAGAUUUUCUGUUCAUCAUGUUCCGGGGUUCUUGAACUUCUCAAAUGUGCAUAUAGGCGACGGCGGUGUACAAGGUUUCAUCCAUUGCUCAGCACAGCGGCGUGCCUGUUAUUGCUGACGGCGGCAUUUCAAACUCUGGACAUAUUGUCAAAGCUUUGGUGCUUGGGGCUUCUACCGUUAUGAUGGGCAGCUUCCUGGCUGGCAGCACCGAGGCCCCUGGAGUCUAUGAGUAUCGGGUAAGCUAUCCAUCCCUCUCUUGGGCUCUACCAGUAUAUGCUACACUUCUUUGCAACUCGUCACAAGUUCACCUUUUUGAGGUUGACUUCAUGACACCUCUCUCUAUAACUUUAGUCAACUUGGUUUUUUCCUUUUAUAAGCCAAGCGGCGCAGCUGAUCGUGCAUAGGUUCAGCUUGGUCUAAUUUCCUAUUUUCAUAUUUUUUUUUAUAAAUGUAAAAAAUAAAUAAAUCGUAGGAUCACUCCUUCCCUCAUCAAGAUCAAACCUGUCUCUAGGAGGGAGAAAAAAAACCCAUAUCAUCAUUUUGCAUGCAACUAGAUUAUUAUUCCUUGAUCGGAUAUUAAUUAUCCGUCAUCAAGGUCAGACAUCUCUAUAGAAAAAAAGAAUAAAUAAAGAAAGAAAAUCCCAUACCACCAUUCUGCUUGCAACUAGAUUAUUAUUCCUUAAUCGGGCAUUAAUUACCCGAUGACUUAGCUCCUUAUUCCCUCGCUGAUCGUUUUAUCAGGAUGGCCGGAAGGUGAAGAAGUACAGAGGCAUGGGCUCCCUGGAGGCCAUGACCAAAGGGAGCGAUGCGCGGUACCUGGGGGACACCCUGAAGCUGAAGAUCGCUCAGGGGGUCGUCGGAGCCGUGGCCGACAAGGGCUCCGUCCUCAAGUUCAUCCCCUACACCAUGCAAGCCGUGAAGCAGGGCUUCCAGGACCUUGGCGCUUCCUCUCUCCCUUCCGCCCACAGCCUUCUGAGGAACCAGGUUCUGAGAUUGGAGGUAAGCCGAAGAAGAUCAGGUCCCCUCGUGUCCCUUCCGUUCUCGCCCUGCUCUGAGCCAUGGGUUCCCCCCUGUUUUUGGCUUCCAGGUCCGGACUGGGGCCGCCCAGGUCGAAGGUGGAGUUCACGGCCUGGUGUCGUACGAGAAGAAGGCCUUCUGA